AGUUUGCAAGGAAGUACCUAAAAUGUUUCUCGGCUCAGCCCAAUACUUCCUGCAUUGUCGCAGAGUGACAAAGGCAGUGUACAGCUUGUCGCUUGCGUUUCUCUCCGACCUCAGAAACUGCAGCACCAUGGCCGGCAACAAACCCAAGGUUUUUAUGGACAUCUCUAUUGGGGAUAAACCCCAGGGUCGCGUAGUGAUGGAGCUAAGAGCAGAUGUUGUCCCAAAGACUGCAGAAAACUUCCGUGCAUUAUGCACAGGCGAGAAGGGUUUCGGUUACAAAGGCUCAACGUUCCACAGAAUCAUUCCUGACUUCAUGUGCCAGGGUGGCGACUUCACAAAACAUAACGGCACCGGAGGCAAGUCCAUCUAUGGGGAGAAGUUUAAAGAUGAGAAUUUUCAGCUGAAGCACAUGGGGUCAGGCACCCUGUCCAUGGCCAAUGCUGGACCAAAUACAAAUGGUUCCCAGUUCUUCAUAUGCACCGAAAAGACCAGCUGGUUGGAUGGGAAACAUGUUGUGUUUGGAUCAGUGGUAGAAGGAAUGGAAGUGGUAAGGAAGAUGGAGAGCCAUGGCACCAAGAACGGAACACCCAGUGCCACUGUUAAAAUCACUGAUUGUGGGCAGUUGUCCUGAAGUAUUUGAAUUUGGAAUUGUACGGUUUAAAUAAAGUGUGAUUGUUUGGAACUCCAA